UUCAGAGAAUUUCAUAGCCUGCAGAUCUACUUCCGGUUGGGCGUGCCUACGUAUUGGAGUCCUCUGUUUAGGAAAUAAAAUACUAUUAUUACUCUACUAUUCGGUAACAUCAGAAACCAAAAGCACUUCCCACUACAUUUGAAACGAAAAUGUCUAAAUCGCUGAAGAAGAUAGUGGAGGAGAGUCGGGAUAAGAACAUUCCCGAGGUGGAUAUGUGUGACAGAGGGAUUUCUAACAUGCUGGACGUCCCAUCACUGUUCACCUUGUCCAACAUCACUCAACUCGUUCUCAGCCACAACAAGAUUACAGCGGUGCCGGCCAACAUCUCGGAUCUGAAGAACCUGGAGGUGCUCAACAUGUUCAACAACCAGAUUGAGGAGCUGCCCACCCAGAUCAGCAGCCUACAGAAGCUCAAGCAUCUCAACCUGGGCAUGAACCGUCUGAGUGGGCUGCCGAGGGGUUUCGGUUCCCUUCCUGCCCUGGAGGUGUUGGACCUCACCUACAAUAACCUGAACGAGAACUCCCUGCCUGGGAACUUCUUCUACCUCACCACUCUCCGUGCGCUCUAUCUCAGCGACAACGACUUUGAAGUGCUGCCCCCGGAUAUCAGCAAGCUGAGCAAGCUCCAGAUUUUGAGUCUCAGAGAUAACGAUCUGAUCUCGCUGCCCAAGGAGAUCGGGGACCUGGCCCAGCUCAAGGAGCUCCACAUCCAGGGCAACAGGCUCACAGUGCUGCCCCCGGAGCUCGGCAACCUGGAUCUGACCGGCCCCAAGCAGGUCUUCAAGGCCGAUCACAACCCCUGGGUCACCCCCAUCGCCGACCAGUUCCAGCUGGGCAUCUCGCAUGUCUUCGAGUACGUCCGCUCCGAGACCUACAAGUACCUGUACGGUCGGAACCUGCAGGCCAACCCGGAGCCCCCCAAGAAGAACACGGACAAGAGCAAGAAGAUCAGCCGCAAGCCGCUGGCCGCCAAGAACAAGUGAUGAGAGAGGGAUGGAAGAGGAGGAGGAGAGGCUAAACCUGCUCUCACUGCAUGUGCCUUUUAACAUCCCUUUUCAUUAGAAUUUUCCCUGUUUAUCUUUUCUUUUUGGCGUCCUUAUUUAUCGUUCAUUUUAUACUGCCUUGUAUUUCUGAAGUCCUUGUCGCAGCAGUGCCUCCUCGAGUCGUCGUACUCCGGCUGUGCGUGGGGUCCAAGGACCAGUCUCUGAUCUCUGCCAUUCUGCAGCUGUUUUGUACUGAUUAAAUGAUGAUUUCAGAUUUUAAAACACAAAUUCCCAUUUCUUCUUUCUUCUUCAACUCUUUAACCAUGCAUCUCCUGUACGGCAGGCUCUAUUCCUUCGCAUUGUUUAAUUUUACUUUCGGUCGCACAUACACAAGGAGAUGUGACCAGACAUAGGGGCAAGCCAAUCUAAGGCCCAAUCCCAUUUCUACCCCUUAUCCCUCUCCCUUGUUUUGAAGGGGUAAGGGGUAGAAAUGGGAUUGGGCCUUACACCUUCCCCUUACCCCUUCCCCUUACACCUUCAAAACAAGGGGGAGGUGUAAGGGGAAGGGGUAAGGGGUAGAAAUGGGAUUGGGCCUUAGCCUAUCUGCCUUUUGGCUAGGUUGAAACUACACUUCAUAUCAAGCAAACAACCAAAUCUUAAUUCCACUUCAUGACGGUUGCAGAGAACUCGCCUUUUUCUCGUGUGACAGCCAGACACUUGACUUUGUUGUCCUUUUCGUAAUCCGGGCCCUUACUGUGACCUGCGGAGCCCCCACUGACUCAGGUCUGGCUGGGAACAAGCUGCCAUGGGGCCCCACCAGCGGCUGAUCAACCCCGGGGCCCCUGUCAGAAAGAGGGCUCAAACAACCCGGGGGGACCACCAGACCCUCACACACGUGGGUCUCAGCUAUGACACACACACACGUGUUUGUGUGUGUGUCCUAGCUAUGUUUAAGGCAUGAGAUAGAGAGGUCGUUAGCUACCCCUAAAACUGUUGGGUCACGACCACAAGGGAAGAAGAAUCUCUCUGGUUCACUCACACGCAGUCACACACGCAUAUAUACAAAUACACAUACACACAAACCUAGUGCCUUUUUAGUUAAGUUGCUUUGUUUGUAAUUGCCUGCUGUUCAAUUGCCUCUCUCUGAAUUUCUUUCUACUGUCUUUGCCUUCCGUCAGACAUCGUGGCUUCUCCACGUUUAGUAAAUCUGAACAAUAGGACAUUGACAAUGAUGCUUAGAUAUUAUUUUUAUACACGUCACCCUUGCGAUUGAAAAAGACUGAGUUAAUGACUACAUCCUUAAAGUACAAUACCCACUUGUAGCUCCUCAAUUUCUCCAACUGGACUCCAUUACGGCUCCUUUUAUAGUGUUCAUUUCACUGUGUGUGUGUGUGUGUGUGUGUGUGUGUGUGUGUGUGUGUGAGUGUGUGUGUGUGUGUGCAUGUGUGUGCGUGUGCGUGUGUAUUUGUGUAGGCGCACGAGCGUAGGCAUGUGGCGUGCUCCUGUAAGAAAGACUGAUUUCAAUUGUUCUAUUUCUCUUUUCCGUUGGCUCUGAGUGUUUUUCCUCCUAUCUGGGACAAACCCGGAACCCAAUAUUAGCCCCGAUUCACGGGAACAAGUUAUUUUUAAAGAGCACACAGAAGAAGAAGAAGAAAGAAUUGAGGCACUCACCUUACCGUCCGUCACCUCACAACUUGUUGCAAAAUGAACAAUUGUAAUCACUCCAAUCUUCUGUAUUAAUACCGAAUACAAAAGAAGUUGAAAUGCGCAGGACGUCACAUGACAGCUUUUUGCAAAAUGAACAAAUGUAAUCACUGCAAUUCUUUUGUAUUAAUUUGUAUCAUGCUUUUCUCUGGUGCCACGAUACACUGUUACAUGUACCAUUUGCUCUGUGUAUCAAUUAUUUUGAAUAAAGCAUUAUCAUUUGCGUAA